AUGUUAAUUAAGUGCGAUACAGAGUACCUGCAGGAGGUGAAGGAUACUUUCAGGUUGUCGGUGAUGUUUGCAGUGUGUUGUGCCCAGUGGUUUAUGGUGGCCCAAGUCGCCGCUGUAUAUCAGUUAUCGGCUCAGGACGCCAAGGCCGUGACAAUAAAGGAAGCUGGGACUGAGGACCAAACCGCAGAGGAGAAGGCUACCGCUCAGACGGUCGAAGAGAAAGCCGCCCAUGAAUUCAAGGCACUGGUAGCUGGUGCAGGAGACGCUGCGAAAGAGAAGAAGAAGAAGCGCCGCUCAGGAGGCACGGGUAUUAGUUGA